AUGGCUAGCAACACAGGUGUACAGACCUUGUUAUCAACUGUUUCGCUUACUGUCAUUGACGCGGGGGGAGCACAACAUACGGUGAGAGCACUUUUAGACAGUGAGUCUCAGAUAAAUUUAAUAACUAAUUCUCUUUUGGCGAAACUGAAAUGUUCCAUUAAUUCAGAGGUACAUAGACUGAGCGUUUUGCAAGGCCAAAGCUUUUUGUGCAAUAAGGCAGUAAAGUUGACUGUCAAAUCUAGGAUAGGAGCGUUCUCUAGAAACAUCAAUUGUGUGGUUGUGGAUAGAAUUACGCCAGCAUUACCAUCUGUAUUUAUAGAUUAUGAAGGCCGGAAGAUUCCUGACAAUGUCUCGUUGGCAGAUCCGUCAUUCAAUGUGCCUAGCAACGUGGAUAUGUUGAUAGGAGUCGAAUUAUAUUUUGAUGUUUUGCAGCAAGGAUGUAUUAGGCUAGGAAAUCAUCUUCCUAUUUCAAGAAAAAGCUCUUUCGGAUGGUUGAUUUCUGGUGUCUUUAAGGCAGAACUUCAAGGUAAUGUACACGUUGGUCUUGUUUCUAAUGAGGAUUUUCACAAUAGUUCGACGAAGUUUUGGCAGUUAGAAGAAACUUCUUCGAACAAUGCUAUGACGGGUUCAGAUAAGCAGUGUGAAGAUCAUUUUAUGGCCAAUGUUACACGCCUUGAAAAUGGCCAAUUUGAGGUGGCCUUGCCAUUUGUGGAGGACCAGGUCGAAAAGCUUGGAUCAUCAUUUGUUACUGCAAAACAUAGAUUCUUGAAUUUAGAGAGGCGAUUUGCUAGGGAUGUCAGUCAUGCUGGGCAAAUUGUGUUAACUCCGGAGGAAGCUGUCGGGAGUGAUUAUUAUUUUCUGCCUCACCAUCCAGUGGUGAAAGAUGGAAAUUUCAGUAAAAUACGAGUUGUGUUUGAUGCUUCAGCAAAGUCAUCUACAGGUAUCUCGCUGGAUAACAUUUUACACACUGGACCAAAAUUACAUUAUCACAGGAGCAAACACUUUGGACGACUUGUUAGGAUACAAGAGGAGAUUGUCAGGUUAUUAGGUGAAGGUGAUUUCUCGUUGCACAAGUGGUCGAGCAAUUGUAGAGAGGUGUUGCGAGCAAUUCCUGAAAAGAAUAGAAGCUCAACUGCAGCCUUGUUUUCAGAAGGAGAUACAGUCAAAAACCUUGUCCUCGCAUGA